UAAUGGAGGAGAAAAAACAUCAUGUCAAAACUAGAGGAAAAACUCACUCACAGACUGAAAGUAUUUCUUUACUGAAAAGAAGAGACAAGAAAAGGUUCACCUGCACUCAGUGUGGAAAGAGUUUCACAUACAAACAGAGUCUCGAGAGACACAUGAGGAUCCACACUGGAGAGAAACCGUUCACUUGUGAUCAGUGUGAGAAGAGUUUCACACAAUCAUCAAACCUUAAGCACCACAUGAUCAUCCACACUGGAGAGAAACUGCACGAAUGUGACCAAUGUGGAAAAACAUUUUCAUGGGCUUCAAACCUGAAUAAUCACCUGAAAGUUCAUACAAAGGAGAAACCACAUUCAUGUUCUUUCUGUGGAAAGAGUUUUUCACUGCUGCAGAGUUUAAAAGUUCAUCAGAAGAUACACACUGGUGUGAGAGAUCAUGUGUGCUUUGAGUGUGAGAAGACUUUUAUUACAGCUGAAGAUUUGAAGCGGCACCAGAGGAUCCACACUGGAGAGAAACCAUUCACUUGUUAUCAGUGCGGGAAGAGUUUCACACAAUCAGCAAACCUUAAGAAACACAUGAACAUCCACACUGGAGAGAAACUGCACGAAUGUGAUCAAUGUGGGAAAAAAUUUUUGUGGGCUUUAAGCCUGAAUAAUCACCUGAAAGUUCAUACAAAGGAGAAACCA